AUGGGCAAGGUCGCUACCGUAUUCUCGGCGGCGCUGCUGCUCGCCAGCAACGCCGCUGCUCUCGACCCCAUCGUCAUGAAGGGUUCCAAGUUCUUCUACGAGAACGGCACACAGUUCUUCAUGAAGGGUAUCGCCUACCAGCAGGACACCGCCGCCGCCGGCGGCGAGUCCAAGACUGGCGAGUACAAGGACCCUCUGGCCGACGAGGCCGCCUGCAGACGUGACGUACCCAUCAUGGUCAAGGCCGGCACCAACACCAUUCGUACCUACGCCAUUGACCCCAAGAACGACCACGACGCCUGCAUGAAGCUGCUGAGCGACGCCGGCAUCUACGUCGUUUCCGACCUCGGCGAGCCCAAGCUGUCCAUUAACCGUGACAACGCCCAGUGGAACACCGACCUGUACGAGCGCUACACCGCCGUCAUCGAUUCCCUUGCCAAGUACGACAACACCAUCGGUUUCUUUGCCGGUAACGAGGUCUCGAACAACAAGACCAACACCGAGGCCUCUGCCUUCGUCAAGGCUGCUGUCCGUGAUUCCAAGAAGUACAUCAAGGACAAGGGCUACCGCUGGAUGGGUGUUGGCUACGCCGCCAACGACGACGCCGAGAUCCGCACCAACUCGGCCCACUACUUCAACUGCGGUGACCAGGACUCCGCCAUCGACUUCUGGGGCUACAACAUCUACUCGUGGUGUGGUAAGAACACCCUGGCUGGCUCCGGCUACCAAACCCAGAUCGACUUCUUCAAGAACUACUCCGUCCCCGUCUUCUUCGCCGAGUACGGCUGCAACAUUCCCGACGGUGCCGACGGCCGCAUCUUCCAGGAGACCACUGCCUUGUACGAGAAGGAGAUGACUGACGUCUUCUCUGGUGGUAUCGUCUACAUGUACUUCCAGGAGGCCAACGACUACGGUCUUGUCGAGGUCAAGGGCGACACGGCCUCACCCAUGACGAACUACAAACAGCUUGCUUCCCGCGUUCUUGCCGCCACCCCUUCUGCUGUCCAGAUGUCCUCUUACGAGCCCACCAACAAGGCUGCUGAGUGCCCCGGUGUUGCUGCCAACUGGGAGGUUCACGCCGAUGCUCUUCCCCCCACCCCCGACAGCUCCCUCUGCGAGUGCAUGGUUAAGAGCCUUUCUUGCACCCCCAAGACCGGCCUGAAGGCAUCUGCCAUCGGCGAGAUCUUCGGCUACAUCUGCGGCGCCGACCCCGCCUCUUGCAACGGUAUCAACACCAACACCACCACCGGUGUCUACGGCGCCUACUCCAUGUGCACCGACGAGCAGAAGCUCUCCUUCGUCAUGGACGCCUACUACAAGGCUCAAAAGUCCGCCAGCACCGCCUGCGACUACGAUGGCCAGGCCCAGGUUGUCACCCCUUCCAGCAGCGACAGCUCUUGCAAGAGCGCCCUCGCUUCUGCCAGCGCUGCCAACAGCGCCGCCGCCACUGCUACCGCCCCCGUCUCUUCCACCGCCAACCCCAGCUCCAGCGCUUCCGGUAACGCUGCCGCCGGCAACCCCUACCAGCCCAUCUUCAACUUCGGUGGCUUCGCCGUUGGCGCCUACUUGGUCGCCGCCGGUGCCGUCGGUGCUGCCAUGGUUGCCUUGUAA